AUGUGCUAUGACUCAAAAUCAAUUCUAAAUUCCCCAUUUUCAAUCAAAAUCAUAUUCUGGAUAAUCACAAUUUUAUCAAUAUUCAUCCAUGUUUUUGGUGCAUUUUGUAUUAUUCGAAAAACUCCAAAAACUGUGCAAUCUGCUCGUUUUUGGCUUUUCAAUUUUCAUUUGUGGGGUCUUUUUUUGGAUGUUCUCAUAGGAUUUGCGAUAACUCCAUAUUUAUUUUUGCCAACUUUGGCUUUUCGAGCUUUUGGAUUUUUAGAGGGAUAUGAGAAAAUGGUCCCGUAUUUUGCAAUAUUAACAUUUGCAGGUAUUUAGACACGACAUUUUUUGAAAAACAAUUUUUUUAUUUUUCAGAAACUGGUUACAGUCUCGUUCUAUUAUUAGAAAACCGUCUAAAUUCUCUAACAAUCGGAGAAGUUACUAGAAAUCGUCAAAUUUUUCGCGCCAUUUUUUAUUUUUCAAAUAUUAUUUUUCCAUUUCUGUUUCCAUUGAUUAUUUUUGCGUAUAUUCCAGAUCAAGAAAUUGCAAAAAUUGAGGUGAUAAAGGUGAGAAUCGCCAAAUAUUAUUGAAAAGAGAAUUUUUCAGACUCUGCCUUGCUUAUCUGAAAUUCCAAAUAUUUUCAUAAUCGUCACUGAUUUAAAUUCAAUUUCUAAAAUCCUAAUUGUCUUCUCUUUCGCCCUAUUUCUAGUCAGUUUUCAAUGCAUAAUCCUAACUUUCUUAAUGCUCAAAGCCUUCAAUUCCUCCGAAAACCGUUCAUCUUCCAAAUCAACAAUCGCUCUCCAACGAAAAUUCAUAACAUCAAUAUUUAUUCAAAAAUGGAUUCCUUUGAGUUCCCUUCUUCCUCCAGUUUUCUAUGCCGUGUUUUGUGUCUUCAAUAAUUAUCAUUGGCAAAAAAUGACAAAUUUUUUGAUUUUUGUGAUAAAUUCACAUGGAAUUAUUGGAAGUUUGGCGAUGAUUUAUUUACAUAAAAAUUAUAGAACAACAGUUAUCAAUUUGAUAUUUCGAAGAAGGAUAAAAGAGACACUUUUCGAAUCGGAACAAUCAAAAAUUACAAAAGUUAUUAUGCAAAAUAAUAAAAUGAAUAGUAAUAUUAAUUAUUUAAUUGUUAAACAUAGAAUAAGUAUGACCAGUAUUCGAUAA